GAAGUGGUCAUGAUCAUAAUAUUGUGUAAAGUUGUGAUUCGUUUUUAAACUCGUAGAAAACAAUUUUAUUAAUAAAUAUGUAUCAAACAUUGAAGCCAAGUAAAAGUGAGGAAAAUCUGCUGAAGCUGCAGGAAGAAUUCAACAAAGAUAAGGCAGCAAAAAAGAUAAAGGUAGCAGCGACUGUGGUAUCUGGAUACGAAAAAUCAGAAAGAAUGGAAGUAGAAAGUCCAGGUGAAUCUGCUGAAGAAAUCCCAGAACGUUUGGGUGACGCCUUCACAGAUAUCCCUAAGAAUUUCAAAGUGGGUCCUAUCAUUGAAAGGACUUCUUUUAAGGUACCUCGCAGUGGUUGCAAUUUCAAAUUUUCACAGGCCACUGGAUUCCCCAUAGCAAAGAGACGUGAUACCACAUUGUCAACAGGUGAAGGAAGUAUAUUCAGACAGCAGAUGAAUAAGUUAAAAGAAAUGAAAUGUGCAGAUAAUGAUCAGAAGAAAAGAAAUAUUGAAAUAAAUCAGCCUGGUUCCAGCAAAGUAAUAAACAAGGUUGAUAAGAAGCAGAUUGAUCAAGAAAACAUGGAUUUGAUGAGUCAAAUGACAGAGGAGGAGAUUCUGGCUGAGAGGGAGAAGCUUAUGUCCACUUUGGAUCCGGCGAUACUGGCGUUUAUGAAGUCGAAGAGAUUUCAUAGGAAGGAAACUGUUGAAACGCGGCAGCCGAGCAUUGCCAAACAGAACAAACCCGUCGAAGGUUUGAGCUUCGAGGAUUUGCAGAGCGCGAUGGAGAUUUUAGAUCAACCGGAAUCCGACAAGUGGUUGAACUUUGAUGUGCUGGAAACAAAUAAGCUAGCCUGGAUACAGAAUGUGGACGUACCAAAAAUCACGAAAGAUUCCCUAUACGAAGCCAGAUUUGAUUUCAAUGGAUGGUUGCUACCGUUUACCAAUGAUGGUAUGACCGAAAGCAAUCGUUCAUUGUACCAUCACGGCGAAGAACCGGGAAGACCUGGUUACACCUUGCAGGAAUUAUUCCAACUGAGCAGGUCCAACGUUAACCAGCAGAAAAUCGUCGCUUUGAACACGAUCGCGAACAUCCUCGUCCUUCAAUCGUCCGGAAUCUACGACGAAGUGAUCGAGAUACCGAUCGAGCAAAUCUUCUUUGUCUUGAGAUUCUCUUUGGAUGAUAAUACACCAGCCAUUCUGAACGCCAGCAUUAAGGCGAUGCGAAGUCUCAUCUACCAUCCGAUAGAUGAGACCUGUUUGGAUAAUCUGUGGAGUUUCGGUUUGGGCUUGAUCCAACCUAUCCUAGCCAUCGAUAACGAAGAGAAGUUAGAUGAUAAAACCGUCAACGAUCAGCAGCUAGUCGAAACGAAUCUAAUCAAAUGCCUUACUAGAACUGAUAUAGUAAUUAGGAUUAGGUAUAUUUUAAUCACUGUAAAACCGUGCCUGGAAACCGUCAGUUAUUUGAUGGAAAUACUGACCAGAUUAGCGAGAGAUUCCAAUUUCGUUAUGAUGCAAGUCUACGAAUGCCAUGGUCUUCUGCAAAGCGUCAUCACGAAUUUUGCUCCGGACAUCACGAAUCUGAAGAAUCUAACGAAUUCUUACGGACAACCCUUAACCCAGGCCCUCAAAUUUCUUAGAGUCCUGAGCGCGGGGAGCAGAAAAAUCGCAAUUCAGUUGAUUGACAAGUACAAGAUUCUUGAUUCCAUAAUGUCUUAUUUAUCAAACGAAUCAAUUUCUGCUAACGUGAACGGAAUGAAGCUUCAAAUCGAAGCUUUUCGUCUGUGGUCAAGCUUAGCGCGUUACGGCUUAACCUUGGACAGAUUCAAGGACUUUCAACACGUGCUUUAUAAACUUUUGGAUUAUCAUCUGAAGAACAGCGAUCAUACAUCUUCCUACACGGUUCAAGCCCAUGUCUCGUCUCUGCUGAUUCUCAUAUCGGAGGUCGCCAAACAUGACUUCGACGCUACUAAAGUUUAUUAUCAGCUACUGCUCGAUCUGGGUGUAACCAAAUGGUUAACGCAGUUUACAACGAUGCAACAAUUCACGUGUGGAAAGUUGCAAAUAGUGUCCAGUUUUCUUGUAGCCAUGACCAAUUUCGUCAUGUCCAACAAACCGAGCUCCGUUGAUAUGUCAGUAGAUGUGCUCAUCAAUUUUGCGGAAAAGAUGAUGGAUUCGCACGGAUUCAAUCUUGUCACAAAAGAUAUUCAAUCGGCUUCGAACGUGUUAAAUAAUUAUGAGACGCACAAAUGCGGUGCUAAUUUUAAGUACACUGAAGCUGCGGUUUGGAAUUGUUCGGAUCACGUCGUUCCCGUCUUUAAACCGAACAGCUGCAUACCCUUCAUUCGGGUAUUUUCAGAUUUCGUCGAGUCUACCAAAAAUAAGAAGUUGAUGAUCAAAUUUCUGUCAAAUGAUAACGUACUUCUUUACUUGCGACAAGUGAAGCAGGCGAACAAGUAUUACUUGACAGGCAAUUGGUAUACGAGAGUGGAGAGCGGUCUUCUUUUAAGCAUCCUGAAGAUGGCGAUCGAAGUGCAGAAUAGCAUCGACACAGGAUUCUUCUAUGCCUUAGCGAUGAAGACUUUGAGCAUUUACCACGAAGAUCAGAAACCGGACGUCGAGUACGUGUUAAAACACGCCAUCUUCUCGCCGGAAUUCUAUCCGCCGGACGUUUUUCUUGCCAGAAUGGACAUUGAGGAUGCGGAAGAUCCUAGCAAGGAAACGUUGAAAUCUGCACUAGAUAACAUCAAUGAUAUCUUUAACGUUUACAUGAACGUUUUGGGCCUGAAGAAGUUGAAAGUGAAUCCGUUGUGGCAAUCGGUUGAUGUGAAUAUGGAAAAUGCUCUUCCAAUCGACUGGAUCUACAGCCCGAUCAUAAUACUUUACUCGAAUCAGCAAGAGGAACAGAAUACCAUUACCAAAGAUGAUCAGGUCUUCAUCAUCACCAAUUGCCUGAGAUGGGUGUACAUCUACGAGACAUAUUUUCCUAGUUUGGCCAUUAUGAUCGAUACUACCGAUCGCUUCUGUCGACUUGCCUGCACCUUCCUGGGCAGCGACAGUUUAUUCUUAAUACCAGAUGUGAAGAAUCUGCUUGAACUCUGUCUAAAAUCUGUACUCAAGAUUGGCGAUCAACUGAAUUUUGAAAGAAACAUUCACGGUCUGUGCAACUUCCAAGACUUCUUCACGCAACUGUUGGAGCAAUACCUGGGCGUCAGCUACGGUGAUGCCCUCUUCGGUAAUUUCGUAUUGAUUCCUCUCGCCCAAAAGCACAAUGUCAAGUACAGGAAAACCGUGUGGUCGGAAUACGCCGGAAUCGUGCAAGUUUUCAAUCUCACUGAGAAAGAUAUCGUCCUAUCUAUUGAGUCAUUUUUGGAGCCGGAGGAAACGGAUAUGUCUCUUCUGCGUUGUUACGCACAAGCGUUGCGCACUCAUAAUAUUAGGACUCAUUCGGUCUUCUACAAAAUUGCUAAACACCAUGUGCAAAAAUUUCAUGCUCGACGAAAUAUGCUAAAUGAAAGUACCUUCGAAAUGGAGAAUAAAAAUAUUGUACAAUAA